AUGCGCCUCGCGGAGUACGAGUCCAUCCGCGCGCACUUACUGUCGCUCCCGUGCGCGCGAUACCCCGACAUGGACGCGCUGAAGGCGGCGCACCCCGGCGUCUCCCUCGACGCCCUCGUCUCCAUCUGCGCGCAGGAGAGCUCGAGGCGGAUCAAGGCGCACCACGGGCGGCACGCGCGAGCCAUCUCGGAUCACGCGCGGCGGUACCUCGCGGGUGAGGACAUCUUCGACGUCGCGCACGCAGUGGACUUCCCGCCGUGUCAGCUCAUGCGGCUGCUCGUCGAACACCUCCUGGGCGUCGGGCACAAGGCGGCGGGCGCGCUGAUUCGUGACCCGCACGGCAGGGUCCCGAUUCACCCACCGCCGGAAUCCCCCGCGGGCGCGCAUCACGCGGACGACCCAGUCGCCGGUGCCGCGCUGUGCGAGCGGAUCCGGUUCGACGUCGAGCGAUGCGUGGCGUGGGACCACGUCGCGUCGCCCGCCGUCGACGCGUCGAGGCACUCCGCCGGCCGCGAGUACGAAGAUCUGCUCGAGGAAAAACUAAACGCGCUGGGGGUACCGUUCGUGUCGGAGGGUUCGCUGCGCGCCGAGGGCCACGCCAAGACCCCGGACGUCAAGCUGGAGCUUCCCAUCGCCGUGCGCGGCAGGGUGGUGAACUGGAUCGACUCCAAGGCUUCGUUCUGCGACCCCAUCGUCCAUUACGAGCGGGGCGCGGAGCAGUUUCAGGGGUACGUCGACAGGUUCGGGCCCGGGAUGGUGGUGUACUGGCUCGGGGUGGUGGACGAGAUCGCGGAGGAGAGCGAGUCACGAGGGGACGUGCUCGUGGUGGACGAUUUCCCGGACGAAUCCGAGGUGACCAAACUCAAGCUGACGCCGAGAGUUUAG